GGGUAUCGAUUUUUAUAACCGAGUAAGAUUGUCACUUGUAUCAUGACGCGUCGUACGAGUGAUUUAUAAAUAUCACGUUGAGGAAUGAUGAAAAUGUGCCACUAUAUUAAAUUAAAUGCGAUCUAAAAUGCUGUAGAAAUCGAUGUUAUUAGGCUACUGUGUUAUGGUGAAACUGUGUUGCUACAAAUGGAUGUGGAUUCCGUUGAUCGUGUUUUCUAUAUUAACGAUAGUGGAAAGUAAAAGACGUCAAAAGAGAGCCUUCAGUUUAUCACAUCGUUAUCAGCAGCAUUUAAUACCUAACGAAAAUCAUAACGAUUUAACAUCGAAUUCUAUCUUGAAUGUUAAGAAGUUAUCCUCAAACGUGAAUGCAUCCGAAGAGACGAUGACUACGACGAGUUCGUUUUUCGAUAUAAAACAGUCUGUUAAAGAAAAGACAUUAUUAGAUCUCGAGAAACCUACACUUUUCGACGACAUCGACAAACAUUCCGAUCUAGAGGAAUCGUCGAACGACACGCACAUACGAGUAAAAAGAACCGAUUUCAAGUUUGUUAAGCCGGACAAACGUCAGUCAUUGAUACAUUUGAAAAGUAAUUAUUUCGAAGACCUAGCCAAUUCUUUUCCAAGAAAAUCUUCAAACGCAGAACAUCGAUCGAUAAGAAAAAGGCACGUUAGAUUAUCGAAAAGAUCUAAUGAUUAUUACAAUACUUCAAAUUAUCAAAACGUAUCUUCUAACUCUAAUGGAACAUUUUCCAAUUUACAAGUUACUGAAAGAAAUCGUUACAUUGAUAGUUAUAUUACCGAUUCGAUGUCAUCAAAAAAUCGUUGUAACAACGUCGAAGAAAAAGUUGGAACCAUCUUUAAUCUCGAAGCUAAUAUCUCGCAAACUUUGAAACCAGACGAUUCGAUGUUAAACAAUGUUGGAGCUUAUAAAAUGAACUCUAAAAAGAAGAGAAAGUCUAAGAAAAGUACCAAACGUAGAGUUCUUCAUGGAAAGAAAAGAAAAUUGGGUAAACAUAGUGGGAUAGGUAAGAAAAAAGGGAUUUCCUCUAAAGCAAGCGGCAAACGUAUCUCGAACUCAUUAAAAACGUCUCUUUCGAAAGCCAAGCAACAAAAGAAUCACACGAUUAGAAAUAAUUCACCUAAGAUCGUCGACGAUUAUCAAGUCGAAUCUGAAAUAAAAAAAAGAAAUUUUAUUGACGCUGGAUCGGAAAUUGAUAUAGCUCGAACAAGAGAGAUUUCUGAUCAUAAAAGAUCCUCUCGCAAAGGUAAGAACGAACAAACCGACGAACAAACGUUGAUAGAGGAGAAGAAAGAUGUAUCAGUGAACGAUAAUGUACGAGAUAAAAGAAGCUUACGUAAAAGGAAGGGGAUUAUACUCGAAGAAAGAGAGAUAUCAUUAAGGACUCGAUUAAAGAGAAAUGAAAAUAACAAUUUAACGAUACCGAAAUAUCCCGAUGUUCUUGAAUCCACGUCGUCGUCUUUGUCAAUGUUAUCAGAAAAUAAUUGUUCACUGUUUGAGAAACCACGUGGCGAUAGAGCAGUGAAAUCCAUCGAGGAGAUCAAAGAACUCGCGGAGAAGUUAGUUACCAAAGUGAACGAGUUACAAAGUUAUCUCAACUAUGAGAAGCAAAAAGAAAAUAAAAGAGAGAAGAUGAAGAAAAAAAUGGAGACGCGUGAGAUCGAAGUUCCUCGUGAUAACGCGACGAUCGAAGAAGAAGUGAUUUUGGAAACACCGAAAUUAGUGGAUGAAUGCGUACGAAUAGGUGAUCUUAAUACGGCCUUAAAAACUCUAGACGACAGAAACGCCAGUCUCGAUCAUGUUACGAUAAAGGAAGAAUCAGGAACUGAAAGGAUUAAUUUACCGAACGAUCGAACGGGCCCAUUGACGAAAAGGAUGGUUCGUAAAAAUCGAAUUAAACGAAAAUCACGCCGUAAAUGGGGCAGGUGGACGGGUUGGAGCAGUUGUAGUGUCAGUUGCGGUAGAGGUCGACAGAUCAGAUGGAGACAUUGUUUACGCGACUGUAGUACAGUUGAAACCGAAAUGGAAGAAAAGGCAUGCCAAAUGCCCGCCUGUCCACCUGGAAAAUUUCUCGGGUUAUUUUAGAAUUUCGAGAUGAUUGUCACAGUGAUUCGUUCUUCUAAUCGACGUUCCUCCAUAACGAGUAGUUUAUAUCUUUAGAUCGUUUUAAGGGAUCGCUGUAUAUGGUAAGCAAUAAAGUUUGUAUUUUAUUAUUCGAAAAAUAGAGUAAAAAAUGGAAUGCUGUAACAGCGGGUGAUAAGAUUUAAGUUAUUGUCUCAUGAUUGUGUAACAAAUCGCUUCAAGUAUAUUUCUUUGUCUUAUUAUGAAAUACACACACAAUAUAUUAUACAGAAUAUUUUAAACAAUACCAUCUCCUUUUCUCACAAAUAUUCACAAUUAACGACUGUAUUCGUUGCAUACAGGAUAAUUACUGUAGCUUAAUCGCUCUUCGCCUUCGUGGAGCCAAUGAUGGGUGAUCGUUUGAUUUUCUUCAGUAGUAGAUGUAAAAUAUUUUUUGGGCAUUGCAAGUUCGAUUUAAAUCAUCUAAUAUCCAGUAAAACUAUCGACGUCCGCAUAUCCAACUUUGUAACACUAUACAAUUUGUUUUAAAUUAAAAAUUUCAGUAUUUCAUCCUAAGCCCACUAUCCGUUUCGUACUUCCUUAAAAUAUUCGUAUCGUACACUAUUUAUACACUAUCCAACAAUGAUUUAAUCGUCCGUGACUUAUGAACUAUUCUUAUCGUGGUAUCGAUUUAAAAGUUGGCCUUAGACAAAAAUUACUGGUCCGCGCAAGAAUUUCCUCCUCCAAAAUUUUGGCGCAGUGCGAGGAUUUGCAAAAAUUCUCGUGGACAUAUUUGACAUCUUCCUAAUCUAAACGGCUCGAUACAAACUCGUAACGUAUAUAUGAAAUAUCGCGCAGCGACGAAUAGUUUUAUUACUGAAUUGUUCGCUCGUAUUUUAUCCGGCGUAUCUUCGCGGUAAAGUCACGCGAUUACGACUUAUUUAGAACAUUGUACGUUAGAAAGAUUUAUCGUCGGUCGUGCGAAUAUUUUCUCUUUUUCUUCCCCGACGUAGGCGCGUAGGCGUUUCUCUCUCGAUAACGUGUAAAAUUUUCAAAUAGAUCGGGACGUAUUCGCGCUCGUGGUUAUAAAACUUUCUUUGCAAAGUUCUUUCCAAGCAAAACAAAAAAAAAAAGAAAGAAAGAAAGAAAGAAA